AUGUCUCAAUAUGCACCAUAUCAGUUAGUUUUUUCAGAUGAAACAGCUUUUGAUAGAAGAACACUAUUACAUCGUUAUGGUGCAUUGUGUAUUGAUGGUCUUCUAGCAUACAGUAUUCAAGAGAGUUCUAUGAAUACUAACAAUUAUGAAAAUUUUAUUGAGCAUGUAUUAUUACCAAAGAUAAAUACAUUUUCUGAACAAUAUAGUGUAUUAGUCUUAGAUAAUACUUUAAUUCU